UCGUGCUCAUAUCAUCCCGGAGAGCCAUACUUCCAUGAUGCCAAAAAAAUAUGGACUUGUUGCAAAAAAUCGAGCACGGAUUUUUCUGAUUUUCUAAAUAUAAAAGGAUGUACACGUGGCCCUCAUAACAACAUUAAAACCAAGCCGGAUGAGAUUAAGGCAAAGAGAGACUUUGAAAUGGGCGAUAAUUCGCAUACUGCUAAUCUUGCUAAUAGACUUAGCUCUCUGUUGUCAGGUCAAGUAGCGCCCUCCGAAUUACCCAGACCAAAGCCCAUGGCUCGGCCAGAUCAUGAUGAAGAAAUGGUGAAACUCAAUGUUAUUGUUACAGAGGGCCUGAAGACUGCAUUGAAAGUGCUAGAAGAGACUAAGCUUGACCAAACUAAUCUCAAAUCUGGCGAUGUUUCCGGCGGGUCUAACUCAGGUACAUUUUGCAUUUCGUAUUUAUUUGAGCGCCAUUUGUGUAAAUAA